AUGGCAGUCAAUGUGUACUCUACAAAUGUGACUACCGACAAUUUAUCCAGACGUGAUAUGCUCGUAUUGGUAAACGAUUGUCUGCAAGCGCAAUUUGGUAAAAUUGAAGAUCUCUGCACUGGCGCUGCUUAUUGCCAGUCCAUGGAUAUGCUGUUUCCCGGCUCGGUACCAAUGAAAAUUGUCAAGUUCCGCGCUAAUUUGGAACAUGAAUAUAUUCAGAAUUUUAAAAUCUUACAAGCACCUUUCAAAAAGAUGGAAGUUGACAAGAUAAUCCCAAUUGACAAACUGAUCAAGGGCCGUUUUUAAGAUACUUUCGAAUUUUUUCAAUGGCUUAAAAAAUUCUUCGAUGCCCAUUAUGUUGGCCGAGGUUAG